AUGACUUCCCGUGUCACAGUUCAACAGGUUAUGGGCCGCACUUCGGCUUAUAUUAAUCUUACUUCCUCUGAAAAACUCACUCCUCUCAACUAUCAUGUCUGGGCUACUAAGAUCCUUUUGGGUCUUCGUGCUAUGAAUAAUGGUGUCCACCUUUAUGUCGAAGCUGGUACUGUCAAUCCAGCUGCUAAUGAAUCCCUCGAAGACCUCACCGCCUCGCUUGAUACCGUCGUCCAUGAUGUCAUCCUCAACAACAUUUCUCCUGAGUUGAUCGAACAUGUUAAUGAUGUGGCCAUUAGAGGCCGUGACCUCUGGCUUUAUCUUCAUCAGGAGUAUAGUCAACUUCAACCCGCCGAUGUCAUCUCACUUAUGAAAUCCCUCUAUGCUGGCAAUAUUGAUGUUGGUCCAAAGUUUGUUUCUUCUGUUCGUUCUUAUGUUGCUACAUGGCGUUCCAUCUACCAAUCAUUGUCGCCUGAUUCGGUUGUGGCCUUCAACGCUUUGGCCUCAAUGGGUCCCAAUUGUGAGCGCUUCAUCCAGUACGCCUUGGAGCACCGCUUUGAUAGUAACAACAAUACUGACAACCUUGAUAUCAACAACUUCAUCCGGAACACUGAUAAAUGGGCCAAGUUGUUGAAGAUUACUGGACCUCCAGCUACUCUUUCGACUGAAGCGUUCGUUGCUUCAUCAAAGAAGUACAAUAACAAAUCUAAGGGUGAUGGUAUUAAAUGUUUCCGUUGUAAGAGGCGUGGUCAUACUUCCAACAAUUGUCAUGUCUCUUGGGAAGAGGUUCAGGCUGCUCGCCAAGAUAAUAAGGAUGACAAGGAAUCUAAGGAGGCUAAAACCUCAAGAGGUUGGUUUGCUGAGACUAUUGAUGAAUUUUCUGAGAUAGUUGAUGAUGAUCCAUUUGUGAGUUCCGCUUUUGUGUCCGAGACAUCUGUUGUUUCUGAAAAGUUUCGUAACAGUUGCUCCGAGUCGUUUGAUGAUUUGGAAUCCGAACUUUUUGAUUCUUCUGAGCCGUGUGUCGGCGAUGAAGAUUGUUUUGUUGGUCAAGUUUCUGAGUAUUGUUCAAACUCAGGACUUGAUAUUGAUUCUGUUGAGCAUGCAAUGUUGUCGCAGACUAGUGCAGUUGAUAAUGCACGUGAGUUUGGGUGGGAAACUAUGGUUGACAAUCUAUGUUUAUUUUAG